GGCCACGAAGAUGCGCCGGCUCUGCCUCUCUGCAGCCUUUCUCGUCCUCCUGGUCAUCCUGGUGGAUGGAACCACAAAUGAUACUAACAAGAGCCGUGACCACGGUCUGGAGAUAAGCCAUGGAAGAGGACCUAAGAAACAUUCACUAAAAAGGAUAGUUUCAAAAAUCUUUGACGGCGUGCAUAAAGCAUCUUCUAGACCUAGCAUCUGCCUGGACCCAGCAUUCCCGGGUCCCUGUCAUAAGCAGAAGAUGAGGUACUUCUACAACGCCAAGACCAGGCGCUGUGAAGUCUUUAUAUACGGCGGCUGCAGAGGGAACAAGAACAGCUUCCGCACAGAAAAGGGCUGCAAGAAGAUCUGUGGUGAAGGGAUAGUGUUCCCGUGAGGACAUGCAAAGAGUGGUCCCCAGAAAAUAUGAGUCCGAGGAAGACUCCUGCAGGGCUGGACUGUGGCUGCGAAUGAAACAGUUCCAUCUCCUCGGAGUCUUCUCCACUACACUUCUCAGCACAACCUAUCUAUUUCCUUUCCUCCGUGGUCUGCAUGCCUUAAUUCUGCCUCACCCAGUUGGCUCUCAGCGCCAUGAGAUCAUGUCUUCCCUUUACCCCUAGCACUUAGCUCAGUUAACCAAAGAGUCAGUUUGUAAUUAUUUGAGGAAGGAAGGAAUGAAUGUAGGGAGCACAUUCCUCUUGACCAGAGUAACUACAGAGCCUGCAAUGUAACACAGGAUUUUUGUUUCCACCCCCAUCCUCACGGCAUCCUCAUCUUCAGCCCUCUGCCCACCAUAACUGCUCUCCUUGUGGGUGGCCAAGGUAGAAUUUCCAGCCUCCAGUUCUCACCAUCAAUAAUGAGAGAAGACUUUGGGAUAAAGAAGCCCCUUGACCCCAUGAUGAUGUUGCAAAUUUCCUUUCUGUAGCUUCCAAUACUGUGGUUUAUAUUUCAAUAAAUGCAUAUUCAAAAUUAAA